AAACAUUAGGCAUCUUUGCUCACGAAUACAAGGUUACAGCUUACUGCCUUGCACUAAAAUAUAGAGUUUACCAGCGAGAUUAAUUAUAAUGUAUUAGUAAGAUAAGUUAAAAUCAAGUCCAUUGAUAUCAACGUGUUGUCCCUAUAUAUUGACAUCGUGGUUGAAGCUUCUCAAGCUCAGUAGGGAAAAAAGGAUUGAACUCUAUAAGGUAUUUAUAAGGAAAAUGAGUGCAAGAAUGUUAAUGAGCGGUGUGUGGGCAGCACUAAUAUUCUUGGUUCUAUGUGAGUGCAUAAUGUUAGAAGCACAACUUCAAGUGGGAUUUUAUGGCAGUUCAUGUAGUAUGGCUGAGUUUAUAGUGAAACAAGAAGUUGCAAAGGCGUUCAUUAAAGAUACAGGAGUGGCUGCUGGCCUUGUUCGUAUGCAUUUCCAUGAUUGUUUCGUUAGGGGUUGUGAUGGAUCAGUGCUAAUCGACUCAACUCCAUCAAACACAGCAGAGAAGGACUCACCAGCAAAUAAUCCGAGCCUUCGAGGUUUUGAAGUCAUUGACAGUGCAAAGGCGAGGUUGGAAUCUGUUUGUCAAGGAGUUGUUUCUUGUGCUGAUAUAGUCGCUUUUGCAGCUAGGGAUGGUGUAGAGAUCACUAGAGGGUUUGGCUAUGCCGUUCCAGCUGGUAGAAGAGAUGGCAGAAUCUCAUUAGCUUCUGAGACAAGAAAUUUACCGUCUCCUGCAUUCAACGUUGACCAGCUCACCCAAAACUUCAAAAAUAUGGGACUCACCCAAGAAGAAAUGGUAACCCUCUCUGGAGCACACACGAUUGGUCGAUCUCAUUGUGGAUCCUUCAGCAGCAGGCUAUACAACUUCAACUCAACAACAAGCCAGGAUCCUAGUCUAGAUCCUGGCUAUGUAGCCCAGUUGAAGCAGCAAUGUCCACAAGACAGCACGGAUACAAGUUUGGUGGUGCCGAUGAACCCUGCAAGCCCAGCUAUCACUGAUGUAGGUUACUACACCGAUAUUCUGGCUAACAGGGGCUUGUUUACCUCUGAUCAAACUCUUCUCACAAAUCCAGCUACAGCUAUCCAAGUAAUACAAAAUGCUAGGAAUUCAUUCCUUUGGAAAAGUAAAUUUGCUCUCGCAAUGGUGAAGAUGGGCCAAAUUGGUGUUUUGACAGGCACUGCUGGUGAGAUCCGAGCUAAUUGUAGAGUCAUCAAUAGCUGAACAAAUGAUUAAGAGCUAUGUAACAUAAGCGGGGACUGCUCCUUUCAAGCUGGAGCUUUCACACCACUGUAUCUUCUUCAACCUGUUCUAUUUCCCUAUUGGUUAUUAGUCCUGUGAGAAGCAUUUUCCAGGAAAUAGAUUAUGUUUUGCUUUGCUGCCCUAUUA